AUGGCCUCGAACACCGCCACCUUGGUGAACCUCCCCAGCGGAGGAAAAAUAUGUACGACCAUCCCUGACAUCCUCUAUCUCCCAGAACUGAUCUUUGGUGGUCUGGUUUGGAUCCUGGUGGCCUGCACCCUGGUGGUGCCACAGAACCCUCAGGGCUGGGUCAUGUUUGUCUCUGUCUUCUGCUUCGUCAUGACCUUCAUUUGGACGAUGGUGUUUGCCUGCGGGGGACACAACAACCGCAGCAGCUGGGCAGCAGCUGACUUCAUCUACCACUUCAUUGCCGCCUUCUUCUACCUUAGUGCCUCUGUGGCUUUGGCCAAAGUGACUCUGGAGGCGAAAGAUAAGUCAAACUUCAAGAACUAUCAGCUGGACAUCUCAGCUGUGGUGUUCUCAUACGUGGCCACUCUGCUCUACUUCAUCCACACCAUCCUGUCUGCCAUCAGAUGGAAAUCUUUCUAGAUGUUUAGUGUUGAUGUG